GCCGUGGCCGGCUGCCUAUUGGUUGGCAGUACUGUCGCUCAGGUGCAGUUCCUGCUUCCGCUCCUUUUUUUUCCCUUUCCUGCUGCGAGGCGAGAGCUGCGCGAGGCGAGUGUCUCGGACGCUGUUUCUGGUUUUCAUCAUAUAGACAGACCAGCCCUUCUGCAAAGAUGGUCAACGUACCUAAAACCCGAAGAAACUUCUGUAAGAAGUGUGGCAAGCAUCAGCCUCACAAAGUGACACAGUACAAGAAGGGCAAGGAUUCCUUGUAUGCCCAGGGAAAGAGGCGCUAUGAUCGGAAGCAGAGUGGCUAUGGUGGGCAGACAAAGCCAAUUUUCCGGAAGAAGGCUAAGACCACAAAGAAGAUUGUGCUCCGGCUGGAAUGUGUUGAGCCUAACUGCAGAUCCAAGAGGAUGCUGGCCAUUAAGAGAUGCAAGCAUUUUGAACUGGGAGGAGAUAAGAAGAGAAAGGGCCAAGUGAUCCAGUUCUAAACUUUGGAAUUUUUUCAUUUAAUAUUGGAAAGAAAAUGUUGAAGCUGUAGAAAAAUUACCUGUAGGAAAAUAAAUACAGUGAUAUUCUUAUGCAAA